AUGACUUCAGAGCACCGUCCCUAUGUGCGUCGAACCAAACCCACAGCCAAACAUCAGAUGCCCUACCGUUGCUACGAGAACUCGGCGACGGUCCGUGUCAAGAAGCGCCCCACCCCCAACAGAGAGCAAACUCAACAACGCCGUCUACAACAACAACGCAACACCUAUCUAGCGGCCCUGGAGCAGCAAAAGAAGCUAGCCACAAUGUUGGGCACGCGUGACGACGAACCCGAGGCACGUCAGGACAAUGAAGAAGCACUAAUAUCACGAUUGGCCGAGGAGUUUCAGCAGAAAAUGUUGACCAGCGGAAGGCGGAUCAUCUACAACCAGCCCAAUCAAUGGACCCCGUCCAGUCGCAACAACCGCUACGAAGGCAAUCACAGUGCAGAGGCGUAUUUCAAGGCUCGUGAGGCGAGCAAGGCGAAGCGAUUGGCCAGGGUUAGAGAGUAUCAGCGGCUUCAAAGUGAGUUUUUUGAAAUUUUUCGAAUUUUGAAAUUAAAUUUUUUUUUAAUUUUAAAAAUUAAAAUGAAAAAUCUUGGUUACGAUGAUUUUUUGUCGAUUCCUAAGGCUUUUAUGGCAUAAGGGAGCAUUUUUUUGGUCAUUUUUGAUAAUUUGACGAAAUGUCACAAAUUGUUGGCAUUUCGUCAACUUUGUAUUGGAAAUCUUUUUACUUUAGAAAGUUGUUUUCAAGGGUUAGUUGAUGUUAGUUUUUGCAUUUUUUGAACUUUUCUAUGUUUCUUGACGAAGUGUAAACAAUUUGUGACAUUCCGCCAACGUUGUAUUGGAAAAAUUUUUUAAAUUAAAAAUUGGUUUUUGGGUAUGAGUUGAUUAGUUUUUUUAUUUUUUGGUUUUUUAAAGGUUUUUUUAAAUUUUUGGCGAAAUGUCAAUUUUCGUGACAUUUCGUCAACUUUGUAUUGGAAUACUGUUUUUUGAUUUGAAAUGUUGCUGACGCUUUAGAUAUUGCCAUUUUAAGUACUUUUUGAGAUUUUUAAGCAGUUUUAAACUGUUUUUUUCAUUCCAGACGCCAAAAUGAACCAAGCGGCCUCGACCCAUCGCAAGCCGCCAGUCACACGGGACGGUCCUUGGUACGGUCCGAAUGGCGAGAUUCUGGAGCCGCGGCACGAAGAGGAGCGCAUCUUUUGUCACAGCAUUCGUUAUUUUGAGCGACAAAACGAGGACGAAGCCGACUCGGAGUUUGUCACCCGCGACACGUUUGGCCGCGUCUUCAAGGUGCGCUACAUUGGCUACAACAACCAGGUGGCGGCGCCGGUUUGUCGUCGAAGAAGGUGGGUUUUAAGGGUUUUUGAAUUUAAAAUAUGUGUUUUGUUAUGUUUUACAAUGCUUGUUAUGCGUGUUUUUUAAAAUUAGCUUUUUUUCUGACUGCGUCAAAAAGAAUUGGACUUUUUGCCUAUGAGUUGUAUAGGGAAAAGGAUCAUUUCUUUUUGACGCGGUUGGAAAAAGUCGUUUUAUGACACUUCAAAUUCAAAAAAUGGCAAGAAUUUUCUUUACAAAGCAAAAAAUGGCAAGAACUUUCUUUACAAAACAAAAAAUGGCAAAAAUUUUCUUUACAAAACAAAAAAUGGCAAGAACUUUCUUUACAAAUUUUCGAUUAUUGAAAAAUUUUGAUUACUUUGAGCUAAUUUCAAAAAUUUUAGAAAGCCAUGCAACGGCGACGAAUACGAACUACAAGACUGUCAGGACAUUGACUUUGGCGACCACAUUAUUGACAUGAGCGAGCGCGACACGUACGAACGCCGACUCAAGUACAAUCAGGACAAGAGCAAGAUGCUCAAGUUCUUUCACAAUUUUAUCAACGACGGCACGGACGUGACUAAUUUGAGGGUGGGUUUUUGAAAGUUUUGAAAAAAAAAUUUUUUUGAAAUUUAAAAAUUUUUGGGUUGAAUUUUCGAAAUUUUUAAAAUUUUUGAAAUUUGAGCAGGGUAAGGUAAGUUAGGGUAGGGCAUGGAAUUUUUUUUGACUUUUUUUUGAAAUUUUAAAAAUUUUUUUAAAAAUUUUAAAAUUAAAAAAAAAUUUAAAUUUUAAAAUUAGAAAAAUUGAAUUUUUAGCGCAUGCGAAUGAUGAUCAUGUCAAUGCAAAUGUACGAUGACAUUGAUGGCCUGGUGAUGCCGGCUGAAGUUGCUAUGGCCGAGUUUAGCCUUCAAAAUGGUGUUAUUGAUUAUGUAAGUCAUUUUUAAAUGAAACUUUGGAAAUUUUAAAAAAUUUUUCAUUUGGAAAGAAAGUUUUUGCCAUUUUUUGUUUUGUAAAGAAAGUUCUUGCCAUUUUUUGUUUUGUAAAGAAAGUUCUUGCUGUUUUAUGUCUUGUAAAGAAAGUUCUUGCCAUUUCUGACUUUGUAAAGAAAGUUCAUGCCAUUUUUUUUGUAAAGAAAGUUCUUGUCAUUUUACGCAACAUUUUUUAGUUUGACAGCCUAAUCGAGCCAGUCCACCGUCUCAGCACGCUCCAGAAGCGACGUCUCAACUCUACUGCGGCCAAUGGCUUCUCGCUCGGCCGUUCCCAAUACGAACGUGAACGUUACCGUCGCCCACCCAACGUUCUUCACGAUAUGGUUCGUCGUCUUCAGACCAUUACGGCACUGUUCCGGAAUGAGGCCAGUAUCCCGUACUCUAAUGGCUUUCUGGAGUUUGCACGGUCCGUCUUUCCGAAUCUGGACACGGAUCCGGAAGCUUGGAAGAAUCAGACGCCCAGCAGGAACAGUGGGUUGAUUUUUUUGAUUUUCGAAGAGGGGGUGGAUAAAAAUUUUUGUUUUUGGGGUUUUUUGGGUAGACGGAGGUUUUUUUGGGUAGGGGGCGGUGUUUUGGAUAGGGUUAGGUUUUUUUUAAUAGUGGGUGCUUUUUUGGGUAGGGGGGAGGUUUUUUAUGGGUAGAGGGUGUUUUUUUUGGGUAAGAGGUGCUUUUUGAUUAAGGAGUGGUGUUUUGGGUAGGGGGUGGUUUUUUUUAGGUAGGGGAUGAGUUUUUCGGAUAGGGUGUGGUUUUUUUUGGGUAGGUGGUGGUUUUUUUUGGUUAAGAGCAGGCUUUUUAAGGUAAGGGGUGAUUUUUUGAAUAAGGGGUUUUUUGGGUAGGGGGUGCUUUUGAGGUAGAGGGUGGUUUUUUGGGCAGGGUGAGAUUUUUUAAUUUUGGAUUUGGGGGUGGAUUUUAAAUUUUUUUGAGUUUUUUUUGGGUAGUGGGCGACUUUUUUUUUGAUUUGGGGGUGGAUAAUUUUUUUGGGCAGGGUUCUUUUACGAUUUGUUUUUAAUCUUUGUAAAAAAAAUGUUUUUUUCGUCGUAUAUUAUUUUACCCUUUUCAGACGAAGCACCAUUGUUGGUUGGCGAGUGGGGAAAUCGCUGGAUUCUGGUGUUGGACCACGAAUACAAGAAGGUGAUACAAGGCGUGAACGAGAUGACUAACAUUAUUGACCUGGAACACGGCUGUGAGUUUGUAAAAUACGUCUGUUCUGUUUUUUAUUUUUAAUUGUAAAGCUGUAUAAUGUUGUAAUAUUUCGUAUUUUAGCCCUGCGAAUCGACCCGGAACGCUUCAUCCUAGCCUCGGCCUUUAUCGACGCGUUGGCCAGUUUUGUUGGCAUGAACGAGGACCUAAGUAGUUUUGUAAAUGAAAUGAACUUGUACGGUACUCCGGAAGGUGAAGAGGUUGGUUUUGAAAAUUUUUCAAAAUUUUUUGGGUCCCGACACGAAAACCUUGAAUAUCAGGGAAAGGUGAAAAUUUAUGUAUCACUUUAAGUAAGCCUAAAAGCAUUUUAAAAAUUGCUUUGCGGCAUAAAAUUUGAAAAAGGCUUUAUUUUUGGGUCUCGACACGACAACUUGGGUCCCGGAACGAAAACCUUGAAAUAUCGUUAGUAUUGUGUGACCUUAAGCCUAAAAGCGUUUUAAACAUUGGUUUUGGGUUUUGCCAUAUAAAAAAUAAAAAAAAAAUAUUUUUGGGUCCCGACACGAAAGCCUUGAACAUCAGGGAAUUUUUUUGAAUUUUUGACUAUUUUUUGUUGUUACAAAAACUGAACGUAUUUCACCUAAAACAUCAUUUCAGAGCAACCUGCACCAAGUGACGAACCCCCUCUGUUCCUUCCAUCAGGCCAUCCACAACUACCGCUGCGCCCGCAACGCCGUCCUCGGCAUUUGUUACACCCUGGAACAGUGCUUCCGCUCACAUUUUGGAAACGAAAUCCUGCCCGACCGCGACUUUGCACCAAAGACGGCUGGCGUGGCCUACAGACCACCCGGCGACCACGACGAAUUUGAAUGA